AUGGCCACGACUGUCGACGAGAGACUAUGCGAGCCACUCAGGCAGCUACCACUCGAAAGAAGCCCGGGACCCGGCGGGACCGAGGCUAGAAACUUCAUGAAACGCAUGAACGAGUUCACGGGUUCAUAUGUGAAGAACCUGGGCACCAAGUCGCUACCCGAGGGUCGGAACAAGAGGGUCCGGAUCGCCAUUAUCGACAGUGGAGUAUCUCGUCGGGACUGGGAUGUUCGAGAAUACAUCCGCCUGGGGAGAAUCGCAGACCAGCGAAACUUUUGCUCGCCCCGUGCCCCAGCUUCCGACGGCUACCAGGGCGCUCAUUCCAAGGAUGUCGAAGACUUUCACGGUCAUGGUACCGCGGUUGCCAAGAUAGCUUUGGAAGUGGCCCCAAAAGCGGAUAUAUACAUUGCCAAGGUGACAAACUCGGAGAACAUCUCAGCGGGAGAAUUGACAAACAUAUUUGAGGCGAUCAUCUGGGCAGUAGAGGUUUGGGACGUGGACAUUAUCAACCUGUCCCUUGCCCUGGACGAGUUGUCAGAGGAAAUUGACGAGGCCCUAUGCGCUGCCUUCGACCAGGGGAACAAGAUUGUCUUCGCCGCGGCGCACAGAAACACGGGUGUAAACGACGAGCCUACAUGGCCAGGUACCCGAGCGGGUGUCAUCCCGAUCUAUUGCACCGACGGGAACGGACACGCGCAGGGCAUGAAUCCCAAGGCCGAAGGGGUGUACUUUGGCACGCUGGGAUGCGACAUUCCCAUCCGGGAGAAUUUCGGCUCCCCAGCACGGCUUGCCUACGGAUACGCGUCGGGCGCCUCGUACGCGACACCAAUCGCCGCCGGCAUCGCCGCCAAUAUGCUCGAGAUCGUGCGCCACACGGUGGCGAUCUCCAGAAACGGCCAGGCCCUGCGACGGCGUUACUACACAACCAACUACAUGGAGAGGCUCUUUCGGGAACUCAACCGGCCGAAAGAAGGAUGCUGCUUUGUCGAGCCGUGGACGUUCUGGCGCAAGACUAUCCGCGGUAAUUUUCAGUUCCAGGACAGGAUGCUGAACAAGAACGAUCAGCGUAACAUUUCAAAAGUUCUGGAGCUGCUAGCAAGCUCAAGCUAA